CCGAUGUCUAACGUCAACGUGCUGGUGACUGGAGGCGCGGGCUACGUGGGAAGUCACGUCAUCGUCGAACUUCUCGGCGCCGGAUGUGACGUCGUGGUGGCGGACAAUUUCCACAACUCUCGUCCUGGUCAAGAUGGCGACAUGCCCGAGAGUUUGCGCAGAGUGCAACGAAUAACGGGGAGGGAGGUCACUUUCCACCGCGUCGACCUGCUGGACGAGGAUGCCGUCGACGCAGUCUUCAGUCAACACCGGUUCGACUGCGUCAUUCACGCGGCCGGAUACAAGUCGGUCGGAGAAUCAUGGAAGGCGCCUCUGGAGUACUACAGCAACAACAUCGGCGGUGCCAUCAGGCUUGUCGAGGCGAUGAAGAGGCACGGCGUGAGACGACUCAUCUUCUCGAGCUCGAGCACGGUGUACGGGACCCCGGAGUACCUGCCUGUCGACGAGAAGCACCCGACCGGACGGAACUGCACCAACCCGUACGGCCGCACCAAGUUCAUGGUCGAAGAGAUGCUCAGGGACAUUGGCAGCACCGAAAAGGACUGGAGCAUCGUGCUGCUGCGUUACUUCAACCCGGCCGGAGCGCACAGCUCGGGCGAGAUCGGCGAGGACCCGCAGGGCACGCCCAAGAACCUGGUUCCCCUGGUCGCACAGGUGGCCAUCGGGAGGCGGGAAAGGCUGCACAUCCACGGGAAUGACUACGACACGCCGGACGGAACCUGCGUUCGAGACUACGUGCACGUCGUGGAUCUCGCCAAGGGUCACGUGACUGUUGUGAACAAGAUUAUGACCGGGAGCCUGACGGGAAUCAAGACGUACAACAUGAACGGCGGCACCGGCGGCGCCUCCGUGCUCGAGGUCAUCGCCGCCUUCCAGGAAGCGUCCGGGGUCCGCGUACCGUACGACGUCCUGGAACGACGGCCCGGGGACGUGGCCAAGAUGGUGGCCAGCUCCAAGCUGGCUCGGGACGAACUCGGCUGGAAGGCGGACAAAUCGCUCCUCCGCAUGUGCGAGGACGUCUGGAGAUGGCAGAAGAAGAAUCCGACCGGUUACGCCAGGACGGGCAGCCAAAAUUCGACAAGAAGCUAACAAAUUCGACCGGCGAUUGCGGAAAUGGUAGUGGUAUACUGAAAAAUCGAUGAGUCUUCAUCCGCCGAAUAAAGUCUAACUAUGUUUGCUCGCAGAAGGGUGUAACCGAGUCAAGAAGCCCAUAGAUAAUUCGCCCAAGCAGGUAUAUACGAUUAGUGAAAUAUCAAAAAAAAAAAAAAAAAUAUUGAUAACCAAUCGUUACAAAAAUGGUACCCGAGACAAGAAAUUAUAAUUGACCAAUCCUAAUGACGUGAAAGAAAAGUGGAUAGACUUAUCGGUCGUCCCGAAUGAGCGCCGAAUUUGCUAUAGUAUACACUAUGUACAGGUCUUGCCCACAAAGAAAGCAAAAAUAAAGUACAGUGGUUAGUUUUAACGCAGACUAACUAUACGCAUCCCCAAUCGGAUCGGAUACAAAAGUUUCCGAGCUAACAGUUCUCUUGUUCACACGUAAUAAUUAAGUGAUUUUCUGUAAUUUUUAAAUGGGAAAACGGAGCGCGUUCACCGUGAUUCGCGCCAUUCAGCCUCAUGCAUUCGUGAGGUGAGGCUCGCCACCACUUUCGUAUGAAAAAACUCCGAAAAUCACAUAAAUAUAUUGAACCGCUACAUUUUGGUGGAAAGUGGGCGUUCAACAAAACGUAAAUCAUUUUUUUUUUCUUGUGGUUUAUAUUUGGUUCGACGAUUGGUUCUUGAAA